AUGAAUACAUUUAAUAAUUUCAUAUUCCAAUCACCAACUAUUCUUUGUUAUGGAAAAGGGGCAAGUUCAGAAAUCGAAAAGAAAGAACUCAUUCCAAAAGGAGCAAGAGUAAUGAUGAUUUAUGGAGGAGGAUCUAUUAAGAAGAAUGGAGUAUAUGAAGAAGUUAAGAAAUAUGUUAAACCAAUUGUAGAAUUUGGAGGAAUUGAACCUAAUCCAGCACAUGAAACAUGUAUGAAAGCAGUUAAAAUUGCAAAAGAAAAUAAUAUUGAUUUUCUUUUAGCAGUAGGAGGAGGAUCAGUUAUUGAUGGAACUAAAUAUAUUGCACUUGCAAUGGAAUGGACAGCAACAGAAGAUCCAUUUGAUAUGUUUACUCAAAUGGAAAAAGCAUCAGCACCAAAAAGUAAAAUAGGAGUAGUAUUAACUAUUCCAGCAACAGGAACAGAAACAAAUAAUUUAUUUGUUGUAACAAAUUAUGGAAAGAAAGAUAAAGCACUUGGAUGUAACGAUUUAGUUAAACCAUAUUUUGCAAUUGUUGAUCCAUGUCAUUCAUUUACACUUCCAAAGAACCAGAUAAUUAAUGGAGUUAUUGAUUCAUAUGUUCAUGUUAUAGAACAAUAUAUUGGACAUUAUGAUUCAUCAGCAGUAGUAGAUAGAUUUUGUGAAGGAAUAUUAAAAGUUAUUACAACAGCAGGACCAAAAACAAUUGAAGAACCAAAUAAUUAUAAAUAUAGAGCAGAUUUUUGUCUUGCAGCAACAUAUGCAUUAAAUGGAAUUCUUGCAACAGGAAUUCAACAAUGUUGGGCAGCACAUAUGAUUGGACAUGAAGUUACUACAUAUUAUGGAGUAGCACAUGGAGCAUCACUUGCUAUGACAUGUCCAGGAGUAAUGAGAUUUAAUAAAGAAAAGAAUGCAAAAAAACUUGCACAACUUGCAGAAAGAGUAUUUGGAAUAGAAAAUGCUACAGCAGAAGAUGGAAUUAAUUGUACAAUUAAAUUCUUUGAAUCAGUAGGAGGAAUUACAAGAAUGAGUAAAUAUAAUUUUGAUCACUCACAUGUAGAAGAAAUUGCUAGUAAAUUUAAAGGAAGAAGAAUUGGAGCACAUCAUGAUAUUUCAUAUGAAGAAGUUAAGACUAUCUUAAAUGAUAUAUUCUAA